GUAGUGCUGCAGGUCAAAGAACCAUUUCCAUCCUGGGCCAAAGCGCUCCUCAUUCUCCUUGUUCUGGUUUUGGUUCUUGGGGGUGUUUUAUUUCUUUUCCGACACAUUUUCAGAAAAGUCUUCUUCGUUCUCCAGGUUGAGGUGGAGUCAGGGGCUGAGUCUGUCCAGCUGCCCUGCAAAACCACAUUUUAUUUACCUGAAGAUGUUAAAGUGGAAUGGACAGAUAGAGACAACAGGACGAUUCAUGUGUAUCAUAGUGGCUCUGACCAGCCUGAUGAACAGGACUGGCUUUUCAAAGAACGAACAAGGAUGAAUAAAGACCCGCUGAAAACUGGAGACCUCAGUUUGACUGUGAACUACCCCAUACAGUGGAACAGAGACAUCUGCACCUGCACCGUCUACAGCGGAGAGGGAAACAUCCUGAUGAAGAAGCGAGUGGAGCUGAAGGUCAGAGACUGUCAGGUGGAGGUGGAGGAAGGGGUGGAUUCUGUCCAGCUACCCUUCAAAACCACUGGUGAUCUACCUGGUGACACUAAAGUGGAGUGGAGACGCAUUGAACCCAAAACACUUAUGACUGUCCAUAUUUAUCAGAAUGGAUCUGACCAGUCUGAAGAACAGAACCAGGAUUACAGAGACCGAACGAAGAUGAAUGAAGACCUGCUGAAAACUGGAGACCUCAGUCUGACCCUGAAACACCCCACAGAGAGAGACAGUGGGAGAUACAGAUGUGGAGCUUACAGACGGGAGAGCAACAUAUGGAGGGAGAAAACAGUGCUACUUAGGGUCAAAGGAGAGUUCAAAUCGGGAAUCAAAGAGGGGAGAUCCAGCUCAGCUGAUGCAACUCAUCUGAUAGCUGAUCGAUCAGUUUGAUGCAUGACUGAUUUGAUCAAUAAUCAAACAAGAAAUGAUGAAGCGAGGAGGACAUACUGAAUGUUAUUUAUGUCAAAACCAAGACUAAAAGUGCUAGAUGAAAAAGUUACUUUAACAAUGAAAGAGAUUGUGAUGUACACAGAUUAAGCAGUUUGGUGUUUUCUCCUUUUCUGUGCUUUGAUUGGCUGUUUGUGUCUGUGUUGUCACUUGUCCUGACAACAUCCCAUUGGACAAACACCAUCUGCAGCUGGAACUAUCUCUAAUGCACACACACACACACACACACACACACACACACACACACACACACACACACACACACUAGUAUUUGUUUAAAUGCUCUUAGAAAGUUGAAUCUUGACAAGACAAUUUUGGUAGUUUUUAUUAAAAAAAAUUACUCAAGGUCUCGUCAACCUGAGACUGUCUAAUUAAGACACUUCUUAUACUACUAUGAAGUUUAGAAAUAUAUACAAUGAGAUUACGCUAAUGGUAAUAUUCCUGAAAAUAUAGGAUAAAAAAAAAGAAGUCCAGCAUUAUAAAUUGAACAAUUAAGUGAAAAUAAUCAUAGUUAUGUGAUGUGCUUAAUGAGAGAAGUAAACUCAUAUCACGAAAAGAAGUGCAAUCAAAUCUUUCUGUACAAGCAACAUUGUGUAAAGCAAAACAGUGAAAAAGAGGACAUAAGCAUAGCACCACUCGAGUUGUGUGUUGAAUGAUUUCAACAGCAGUGGAGAGAGGGGAGAGAAGAGUUCGUAAGAGAGGAUAAAAGAUGAUGCUUUAGUUAUAAAGAGCUGUUUGUUCUGUAGACCUGACUGUGAGCAGAUGGAUCAUCAGGAAAAAAAGGUUCACAGUUGUAUUUUAAAAUGACGAAUACUGUACCACAGGAUUAACCAUGGCCAAACAAUUCCAAUCUAACAAUUGAAUAUGCAAGUCAGAGUUUUCUCAGCUUAUCGUGCCAUGUUGGAUUGAACCCUUGAGGAAGUUUGGGGACUUUGCACUGAGUCACUGCUUUCAUAUUUGACAUCCUAACAUCCAUCAGCUCGAUUGCAGUGAAAAUAGUGAAACUGAACUUAAGAAAUGUACUGAAACAGUGUUUGUUUGCCACAGACACAGACUUCAAUCCAAGACUUCAAACGGACAAUGUGAAAUUUAAGAUUUUUAAUUUUUUUUAGAUCAGGGCUCCAUGGUCUUAAUACAUGUCGACUUUAAUACACCACUGACUGCUCCCAGGAUGUGGAGUUUAAGACUGUUUCAUGCAGGCCCAUAUAUUUUACCCAGGACUUUACUAUUUUUAUGAUAACUGCUGUGCACACUGUGUAUGUUAAUACUAACCCAAUUCUUGGUUAGUAACAUAACACCAUUAGCAGUCAGCAGAGUAUGCAUCUUAAGCCCACGGCCCACGGCCUGAAGGUGCCUCUCAUUCUUCUGAAAAACAGUCAGGCAGAAAAGUUGUCUGUAUUUUCUCUGGUUUUCUUUUGGAGAUAGGAAAUCUGUAUUUUUAUACUUAAGAUAAUUGUGUUUGCUACUUUGUCCACUUUAAUCAUGAUGGCAGUAAUGGCCAAAUAAAACCAUUUUGUUUAGACUA